AUGCGAAAGCAAACACCAAGCAUCUCCCCAUCACCGAGCCUGCCCCGCACGACUUUUCCCCCCUCUCAACCCCACGCCCGUCCAUCACCAGAUCACCUGCGUUAUCCUCACCCCCCACUUCACCCAACAGCACCGGCCUACGCAAACAACCUGCACUCUCCUCCCCCGCUGUCCGAAACCACCCCACUCACACCCCUACCCUCCUCACCCCACUCCAACUCCAAACCCCUCCACCCCCAGCCCCUUGAACCCGGCAACACGCCCCGUCGCGCCCGAACAACGUACUCACCCGCCCCCGCCCCCAACCCACCACCCCUCCCACUGCCCCCCAACAUCCGUCCACCCCCCUCACUCUCACCCGCUAUCCCCCUCUUCCUACCCCCACACACCAUACCCCCUCCCCAACUCCCCACGGCUACACCCCCACUCCACCCCCCACAUCCACCACACCCACCCCUCCCCCCCUCACCCCCCCCCAACUACCAGAACCACCACCCUACAGACCCCCCCCCCCCCUCACUCCCACGUCCACCCACGCCCUCGCAGCCUCCCCACCACCCGCCCCCACUGCAUCCCUUCAUCCCCACCAAUACCGUUCCCCACCCCGACGCCCCUUCCACCCCCCCCCGACUCCCAACACCCCCUUUCGUCUCCCCCCGCACACCCACAGUACCCCACACCCCACCAUCCAUUUUCAUACCCCGCUACAGCCUCCCCACCUCCGCCCCACCACCCCCGACCCCCCCCAACACCCUACCCUACUGUUAUCCGCUACCCCCCCCCUCCCCCCGACAACCCCCCCCGCCAUCUUGUACCCCACAAUACUCCCUACACCCCCCCACUCCCCCUAAGAACACCUCUAUCUCCUCCCCUUCCCCUUCACCCCGCCCACCCCCCGCCCUCCCCUUCAUCUCCCACUUUCUCCCCAGACCCCCCCGAUCCCCCGCGUCCACUCCCACCCGCACCCCAACUCUACAUCACCCCCUCCUCCCCCAAACUCGUCCGUCCUCCACACCCAGAACCAUACCCACCCGCCCCCACAAACCCAUGUCCCCCCCACCCCCACCCCCACCCCCCAACCCACCACUCCCUUCCACACCGUCACCCUACCAUUCUUUCGCCCACCUCCGCGUACCCCCCCCACCAGGCCAAAACUCCCGCUACCACAGCCCCCCCGGACCCCCCACUCCCCCCACCCUCCCCAAACUUCCCUUACCCAUACCGACCCCUCCGCUCUCCCUCCCCCAUCGCCAUAACCAUCUACCGUCGCCUACCUACCUCCUGCACAACCACCACCUCCGACGAUCAACCGUCCCACACAUCCGCCACACUCCCCACCCUACCCCACCCCAACCCGCCCCCACCCUCGCACCCACCCACGACUCCCCACCCCCCAUUCAGCUCCACCCCAUGCCCUCCCCCCUCACCUCGCCCCCCCCACCCCCCCCCUCCCACCAUUCCAUUCGACACCCCCCCACUAGAUCAGACAAUUCCCCUAACCACCCCCCAACAACCCACACCCACCAUAUUUACUUACAUAUGAAGCCAGCACUCCUAUAA